CCGAAACUUGUUUAGUGCAUGUUUACAGGAAGCUCAAAUGAGACUUUCAGACCAACCGGCUUUACAAAUGAUUCCAGAAUGGAAAAAGCAGUACAUUUGUUAUGAGAAACUGAAGACUGUUCUGAAUAGUGCGGGCAGGUUUGGCAUUCUUCAUCAUGGUACACCUCUCGUGUGAGCAAAACAUAAUGUGAAACACAUGUGAAAAUGUGUAUUUACAUGUCAAGAUCUCUGAAUAUUAUCAGAAAGACUAUCAGAAGCUCACAGCAGACUGGCGACUUUUAAGAUCGAAGCUCGAGAGGUUUCUGGAUCUGAGGUUCGAGGUGAUAUCAGACGCUCAGAUGUCAAAAGCACAACCGACAAUAUAAAACACAUUAAAAUGGCAGUUGGGGAGCUUUAUCUGAGUCUGGCCUUUCUGCAAAAAUACCAGGAGUUUAAUUACAGGUGUUUCUGCAAGAUCACUGUGAUGUACGAUUCAAAGUUUGCUUCUGAAUAUGGCCUGAAAUGGAGAAACGAGCGACUUGAUUUGUCUCUGCUGAACACCGAGCAGAAAAAAUGUGAACAUCUCAUGUCUAAACUGGAGAUCUUUAUGCUUCAGCUGGAGGGGGGUGACAAAAUCAGAGCAAUGAAAAGACUUGAAGUGCCACAAAUAGGCUCGACGGCGACAGUUGGACAGUGGGUUAUGUUUCGGAUUGGCUUUGCAUGCGGCCUAAUCCUUGUGCUACUAACAAUUAUUGCUUUCCGAGUUUGGAUUGAAACAGAUCUGGAUCUCCUGAGGCCUCAGCUGCAGCUAUAUAAGGGAAGUUUUCUCCUUAUUGAGUUUUUAUUCCUGAUGGGUCUAAACCUGUACUGCUACAGCGCAUCAGCAAUAAAUCACACGCUCAUCUUUGGACUGGAUCCCAGAGACCAUCUCUCACACUACCAUAUUUUUGAAAUGGCCGGAGGUCUGACCGUGUGCUGGUGUGCUAGUGUACUGGCCAGUCUCCAUCCUCCAGUACUGUCAAUCCCACAGCAGCUCCACCCUCUACUCUUGUACAGUUUCCUCCUGGUUCUGCUUUUAAACCCACUCUCCAUAUUUUACGGCGAAGCUCGCCGUUGGCUCACGGUGAUGAUGUGUAAGGUUUUGGCAGCGCCUUUCCAGCCUGUGGGUUUUGCAGAAUGCUGGCUAGCCGACCAAUUCAACAGCCUUAGCCCUCUGUUUAUUGGCCUGAGGGAUCUGCUGUGCUUCUACACCUGUCAGAUCAACUGGACAGAUAUGUGGUCUGCUAACUCUCCAUAUGCAGUGAGUUUGGAUUGUGGAUGGUACAGUAUUGCUGUCAGCUGUCUGAUCCAGUGUUUUCCACCAUGGCUCAGGUUUGCUCAAUGCCUCAGGUGCUUUUGGGACACAGGUCACAUGCUCCAUCUCCUAAAUGCAGGAAAAUACUUCACUGUUUUCCUUAUGGUCAUCUUCGCCGGCCUCUACAACGUGGCAAGAGAGCGAUCUGCCCUGGUCAUGGAGGUGAAGAUCUACCUGUACAUAUGGGCUGUGGUUACCUGUAUGGGUGUUGUAGUCACUGUGAGCUGGGAUUUAAAGAUGGAUUGGGGGUUACUCCAUGGAAACAGUCUGCUGAAAGAAGAGCUUCUGUACUCCCAUCAGCUGUACUACUAUGCAGCCAUGCUGGCAGACGUGCUGUUGCGGGUCUCCUGGGCUAUAAACAUCCUCCUCGCUCAGAUGAAGGAUUCAACUGCAGCUGCCACAGCGUGCACCAUUCUGACUUCACUGGAGGUCCUCAGACGUUGUAUUUGGAAUCUCUUUCGGCUGGAAAACGAGCAGUUGAAAAACUAUGAGAAAUGUUGUGCCGUGCGGGACUUUUGGAGCAACUUAAAACAUCUGGAGAAAGAUCAGGACGAACAAAAUCACAAAAUCACCCUUCAUUCCAAAACAUGCUGUUUCUCUUCAAUAAAGCAGAGAACCAAGACAAAGGAAGGAAAAGCUUUUGGUGGAAUAAACGCAGAGCAGCAUCCGUGUAUAUGAGGAAGAACAUUUGAGUGGCCUGACAGCAAGUCUGUGGUGUGUCUGAGAUGUUGUAUCGUGGAACGCAGAUAAG